UUUUCCCACUCUUCAUUGGGACCGUUUUCAGUUUCACUCCGAGAGAAAACUAACUCAAUGGCUAAGCCAAAGCUUCAACUUCUGUUCUUGCUCUGCAUCUUUCUCUGCUUCUUUCAUGGGAAGUCCUCGGAGUUCGAGGUUGAUGAAGACGAGUCUUGGCUUAGCGAGGAAGAUGAGGCUGUUAUGGUGCAAAGUGGGCAAAACAGACAAAGGAGAUGCGAUUUCUCAUCUGGGAAAUGGGUUUUUGAUCAGUCAUAUCCUCUCUACGAUUCCAACUGUCCGUAUCUCAGUACGGCCGUGACGUGCCAGAAGAAUGGGAGGCCUGAUUCUGAUUACCAGAAGUGGAGGUGGAAGCCAAAUGGCUGCUCAAUUCCAAGGUUUAAUGCACUGAAAUUUCUUGCAAAAAUGAAAAAGAAGAGAAUAAUGUUGGUGGGUGAUUCCAUAGUGAGAAAUCAAUGGGAAUCACUCGUCUGCCUAGUGCAAGGAGUCAUUCCAACUGGCCGAAAGAAGGUUAUCUAUAAUGGUCCUUCUAUGGCAUUCCAUGCCAUGGAUUAUGAAACAUCAAUUGAGUUCACAUGGGCCCCACUCCUAGUGGAGUUAAAGAGAGAAGCUGGAAACAAGAGGAUUUUGCAUUUGGAUUCCAUUGAAGAAAAUGCAAAGUACUGGAGAGGAGCUGAUGUUCUUCUGUUUGACUCUGCUCAUUGGUGGACUCACUCUGACAAAUGGAGUUCGUGGGAUUAUUUCAUGGAAGGACACACUCUCGUUAAAAGCAUGAAUCCAAUGGUUGCUUACCAAAAAGGACUCACAACAUGGGCAAAAUGGGUAGAUCUAAAUCUGGAUCCUCAUAAAACCCGCGUCUUUUUUCGGAGCAUGUCGCCUAGGCACAACAGGGAAAAUGGUUGGAAAUGCUAUAAUCAAAAGAAGCCUCUAGCCGCUUUUAGUCACCCACAUGUUCCCGAGGAAUUGGUAGUACUACAAGGGGUGUUAAGAAAGAUGAGAUUCCCAGUAUAUCUACAAGACGUAACCACAUUGUCCGCCUUUCGAAGAGAUGGCCAUCCUUCUGUCUACAGAAGGGCUUUGGGCCAGGAAGAGAGGCAGCACCCGGGGAACUUUUCGUCCGACUGCAGCCACUGGUGCCUUCCUGGGGUGCCUGAUACUUGGAAUGAGAUUUUGAGUGCCCUGCUGUAAGGUGUCCAGUUGUGUAAGAAAAAUGUAGGUGAGUUGGUUAGAAUAACUGUUCUUCCAUAUUUGGAGUUUGUUUCUUCUUCUUCUUAGUGUCUUGUAAUUGCAUGUUGUUUGUUCCAAGUGUUUUAUAACGAUGUUGGGAGAUACUGAUGGAAUGUUUUGAAUGUGAUUCUAAUUAUUAUGAAAUCCCAAACUACACAGGCUAAUGUGCUCUUUUUACCAAUCA